AGUGGAGCUCCGUGAAAGACGUCUGCAACCGUUUCGUCUUUGUGUUAACAUCUUCGGGGGUUUGAGGGUGUUUGAAUGGAUAUAACCAGGUGUACGGAGAAAUGGGAGAGGCCUCCAACAUCCUCCAUAAUGCUCUCUAGCAAGAAAUCAGAUGCUGGCUCCUCUUCCUCCUCUUCAUCUUCUGUUGGAGCAGCAGGAGGUGAAAGGACUCUGAGUUCUGAUGCCCAGACUGGUUCAUCAGCCUCAGUGUCGGGAGCUGUGGAUUCAAAGAAGAAAGACAGGUCGUCUCCUAGUGGGGAACCUGGAGGGGCCUCUUUUCCCCACCCGCCAGGUCCUGGAGCAGUAGACCCAGACUCAGCUGAAGUUCGCAGAACAAGUCGGCGCAAGCGACCAAAAGUGGAGUACCGCGAGAUGGACGAAAGCCUGGCCAACCUGUCGGAGGACGAAUAUUACUCAGAGGAGGAGAGAAACGCCAAGGCAGAGAAAGAAAGGAAGCAGGUCAUUCCUCCUCCAGCGCCGCCUCCCGAAGAAGAGAACGACAGUGAACCUGAAGAGCCAUCAGGUCUGGAAGGAGCUGCUUUUCAGAGCCGCCUUCCACAUGACAGGAUGACGUCUCAAGAGGCCGCCUGCUUCCCCGACAUCAUCAGUGGCCCUCAACAGACUCAGAAGGUCUUCCUGUACAUCAGGAACCGUACCAUCCAACUGUGGCUGGACAACCCUAAAAUUCAAAUAACGUUUGAGGCCACAGCGCAGCAGCUUGAAGCUCCAUACAACAGUGAUGCUGUGUUGGUUCACCGGAUUCACAGCUACUUAGAAAGACACGGCCUGAUUAACUUUGGCAUUUACAAAAGAGUCAAGCCGUUACCCACGAAGAAAACAGGGAAGGUUAUCGUGAUUGGUGGAGGUGUGUCUGGUCUGGCUGCUGCCCGGCAGCUGCAGAGCUUUGGGAUGGAUGUUACCGUCCUGGAAGCCAGGGACCGAGUCGGGGGAAGAGUGGCCACAUUUAGGAAGGGAAACUAUGUUGCAGACCUGGGAGCCAUGGUGGUGACGGGACUGGGAGGGAAUCCUAUGGCUGUGGUCAGUAAGCAGGUUAACAUGGAGCUGGCCAAGAUCAAACAGAAGUGUCCGCUGUAUGAAGCUAAUGGCCAGGCUGGUGAACGGUGCACGAGUGUGCCUAAAGAGAAAGAUGAGAUGGUGGAGCAGGAGUUCAACCGCCUGCUGGAGGCUACUUCUUACCUCAGCCACCAGCUGGACUUCAACUUUCUCAACAACAAGCCCGUUUCUCUGGGACAAGCCUUAGAGGUGGUCAUCCAGUUGCAAGAGAAACAUGUCAAAGACGAGCAGAUCGAGCACUGGAAGAAGAUUGUAAAGACUCAGGAAGAACUCAGGGAUCUUCUCAACAAGAUGGUGUCCACUAGGGAGCGUGUGAAGGAGCUCCAUCAGCAGUUUAAAGAAGCAAGCGAAGUCAAACCUCCCAGAGAUAUCACAGCUGAGUUCCUGGUGAAGAGCAAGCACCGCGACCUCGCCGCACUCUGCAAAGAGUACGAUGAGUUGGCGGAGGUGCAGGUGAAGCUUGAGGAGAAGCUGCAGGAGCUGGAGGCCAAUCCUCCGAGUGAUGUUUACCUUUCAUCCAGAGAUCGGCAGAUUCUAGACUGGCACUUCGCCAACUUAGAGUUUGCGAACGCCACGCCCCUCUCCACCCUGUCUCUGAAGCACUGGGAUCAGGAUGAUGACUUCGAGUUCACCGGCAGCCACCUGACGGUACGGAACGGGUACUCGUGCGUCCCUGUGGCGCUGGCUGAGGGUUUGGACAUCAAACUGAACACAGCGGUGCGACAGGUCCGCUACACGGCGUCCGGCUGUGAGGUGAUCGCAGUGAACACUCGCUCCACAACUCAGACCUUCAUCUACAAGUGCGACGCUGUCCUCUGCACGCUGCCCCUUGGUGUGUUGAAGCAGCAGCCACCAGCCGUCCAGUUUGUCCCCCCGCUGCCUGAGUGGAAGACGUCAGCCAUACAGAGGAUGGGCUUUGGCAACCUCAACAAGGUGGUUUUGUGUUUUGACCGUGUGUUCUGGGAUCCAAGUGUGAAUUUGUUUGGUCAUGUCGGUUCCACCACCGCCAGCCGGGGCGAACUCUUUCUCUUCUGGAACCUUUAUAAAGCACCGAUCCUGCUCGCUCUGAUGGCUGGCGAGGCUGCAGGCAUCAUGGAGAACAUCAGUGAUGAUGUCAUCGUUGGACGCUGCCUGGCAAUACUGAAGGGCAUAUUUGGAAGCAGCGCUGUGCCCCAGCCGAAGGAAACUGUGGUCACUCGCUGGCGUGCUGACCCCUGGGCGAGGGGCUCCUACUCGUACGUGGCGGCAGGUUCUUCAGGUAACGACUACGACCUGAUGGCUCAGCCCAUCACGCCCGGCCCGGCGAUACCUGGAGCGUCACAGCCUGUUCCUCGUCUGUUCUUCGCCGGCGAGCACACCAUCAGGAAUUACCCGGCUACAGUUCACGGCGCCCUGCUCAGCGGGCUCCGAGAGGCCGGGCGCAUCGCCGAUCAGUUCCUGGGGGCCAUGUACACAUUGCCGAGACAAGCAACCCCCACAGCCACGAGCAACCCUCAGCAAGCCCCGCCCACUGCCACCGUGUGAAACCGUCCAUCUUCUGACGCAGUGACGGGGUUCACCCAGAAACUGGGGGCUCGUGAAACGUGACAGAACUUUGUACAGACUCGUGAUGACACGGAGACUUUCUCCUUCUUCUUCUUCUUCACCGGAGCUUCUCAUUCACAGCCCAGCUGCCACAAACUCUGGUCUUCCACUGAACAUGGUUUAUUUAACUGUUGUGGAAAAAAUCCAAAUGAAGUUUUGUUUUUAUUACAAAGCAUGGAAUUAUGAAAGACCUGACGUCUUUGAGCUUGAACGCUCUUCACGUUCAGAGCAAAUCGUGCUCUUUGAUAAAGAUUGAGGAACGGCUGAAAUGUUUCCCGUCAACAAAACACCGAACUGAAAAGUGGAUUUCAUCAAUGACGUCCGUCUCAUGCCCACU